ACACCCGUGGGACAGGGAUGGGAGCACACCCCCCCCGAUCUCAAACCAGGCUCUGGGGACCUGCUGGGCCAGGAGAGCCUUGUCCCCAUGUCCCCCUGUCCCCCAGCCUUGGCCCCAUGGCCUGUGUGCCCUAGGCCCUGUCCCCCCCAGCCAUGUCCCCUAGUCCUCUAUCAUGUCCCUCAGUCCUCACAUCCCCACAUCACCCCCUAUCCCUCCUUCAGUGUCCUCCAUCCUCCUGGCCCUGGGUCCCCUCUCCCCCAUUCCCCUGUCCCUGAGUCCUCCUGGCCCUGGGUCCAUCCUUCCGCCCCCCCCCCCCCCCCCCCCGUGUCCUUGUGUCUUCUCUUCCGGUGUCCCUGCAUGCUUGUGUCCCCAUGUCCACGUCUUCCUGUCCCCAUGUCCCUGUGCAUCCCUGUCCUAGUGUCCCCAUCCACAGGCAGACACGAGGGGGAGGACCCAAGGGUGCUCUUGGAGGAACACCCACGGGUGCUGCCCCCAGAGAGGACCCCCCAUGGCGUGUCCCAUCCCGCAGCGCUGGCAGCUGCCUCCCCCGGUGGGGACGAGUGUCUGGAGGAGGACGAGGAUGAGCUGGAGCCGGGGCUGGAUGAGGCGGAGGCCGAGCCGGAGGCUGGGAGCGGGGCGAAGGCGGCGGGGGGCGCGCGGGGGGCCGUGCUCACUCGUCGCGGCAUCACCCUCCGCGUCCUGCUCCGCGAUGGGCUCCUCGAGCCAGCCCGCGGCGUCCUCUCCAUCUACUACCUGGCUCCCCAGGGCAAGAAGUUCGUGGGGGACCUGGGAGCGGAUGGGACCAUCAUGUGGCAGGAGACGGGGCAGGUCUUCAACUCACCCAGUGCCUGGGCGACCCACUGCAAGCGCCUGGUGAACCCCGCCAAGAAGUCGGGGUGCGGUUGGGCGUCCGUCCGCUACAAGGGCCAGAAGCUGGACCAGUACAAAGCCGCUUGGCUGCACAAGCACCAGCCCAAUGCGCCGCCAGCUGAGGAGAGCCUGGCCAGCGAGGGCGAGGAGGAGGAGAUGCCUGAGGAGGAAGAGGAGGAGGCGACAAGAGAGGGUCGGGCACCCGUGCCGGAGCCAGCAGCUACCAAAAAAACAGAGGAGAAGAGCAAGAAGCAGCAGUGCAAGAGCCUGGCAGAGCCGGCAGGGACGGAUCAUGGCCCCCCAGGGAAAAGGCUGGAGAGCAAACCCCGGGUGCCUGUCCGCUACUGCACCCUGGGCACCCACGACUCAGCCAGGAACCCCCAGACCCUGGUGGAAGUUAUGUCCUUCGCCGCCAUCAACAAGUUCCAGCCCUUCAACGUGGCCAUUUCCAGCAACGUCCUCCUGCUCCUGGAUUUCCACAGCCACUUGACACGGAGUGAAGUGGUGGGCUACCUGGGUGGGCGGUGGGACACCAACACGCAGCUGCUGACAGUGCUGCGAGCCUUCCCAUGCCGGACCCGCCUGGGCGAUGCUGAAGCCGCUGGCGCCGUGGAGGAGGAGAUCUGCCAGAGCUUGUUCCUGCGGGGACUGUCGCUGGUGGGUUGGUACCACAGCCACCCCUUCGGCCCCGCACUGCCCUCCCUGCACGACAUCGAUGCGCAGAUGGAUUAUCAGCUCAAGCUGCAGGGUAGCGGCAACGGCUUCCAGCCCUGCCUGGCCCUCAUCUGCGGACCCUAUUAUCACGGCAACCCCGGUGUGGAGUCCAAAAUCGCGCCCUUUUGGGUGAUGCCGCCGCCAGAGCAACGGCCCAAUGACUAUGGCAUCCCCAUGGACGUGGAGGUGGCCUACAUCCAGGAUGGCUUCCUCACCAACGAUGUCCUGCAGGAGAUGAUGCUGCUGGUGGAGUUUUACAAGGGAGCCCCCGACCUGGUGAAGUUUCAAGAGCUGUGGAGUCAGGAUCAGACCUACCUGGACAAGCUGAAGGGCUCCCUGGCCUCCCACACCCCCAAAGACCAGAGCUUCACCCACAUCCUGGAGCAGAUCUACAGCCUCCUCAAGCUCAGCAGCUGAGGGUCCAGGAGCCCCCCGUUUGACUCGGACCAGGUGCCUCCCCAGCAGCCAGGGCUCCCCAGCAGCCCCCCCACACCCAAGGAGCUCACCCAGACCCGGCACAGGGCAGUGCUGCAGGGACACUGCGUUGCUCCAGGGAGCUCGCCCGAGGGGUCCCGGCCCCCCGCCGGCUCCUGCCCUGCCCCAGAGCGGCUGCUGGGGUGUCCCGGGCAGCGGUGGAGGGGAGGGUGGUGGUAGCGGUGGUGGGUGUCUCGGCUAUAAGUUGUUUGUGGAAGUGGUAGUUGAUUAAAGAGCAGUUCCUGA